AUGGUCUCUUUCUGGGUGACGCUUUUGUCUCGCAGCUCCCUGAACCUACGAUUGGACUCGAUCUUCAUGCCUCUCGAACCAGUGACGGGUGGCACCCAGAACAAGCUCCCACCCAUCAACCGUGUUUUCUCGACAGCCCCAACCUCAGCUUCUCAGAACCACAAACGAAUGAUUGGAGGCGGGCUUCUCGGCCAGAAACGGCAGCACUUGCGCCGGUUGACCGCGUGGUGCAAACAAAUCCCCCAUACAUGGGGCCUUGGCGUCGCAGCAACUGCCAACAACAACACCCUGAGGAUAUUUGGAUAA